AGAUGGCCUCUGUCGUACCAGUGGAAGAGAAGAAACUCAUGGAUGUCAAACUAGGGGAGCUGCCCAGCUGGAUAUUGAUGCAGGAUUUCACCCCUUCAGGCAUUGUGGGAGCAUUUCAGAGAGGUUACUAUCAGUAUUACAACAAGUACAUCAAUGUGAAGAAAGGGAGCAUCGCCGGGCUUAACGUGGUGCUGGCAGCCUACCUGAUUUUCAGCUACUGCUUUUCUUACAAGGAACUCAAACAAGAGCAACGACAAAAGUACCACUGAAAAGGGCCAGUGUGGAGGGCACACUCUGCACUCUAGACUGUGACUGCCUCAUCCUACUCCCAUCUGUGAAAAGCUUACUCAUGGCUGAAUCUGUUCACAGCCUAAGUGAGAAUUAAUGCUCAAUA